AUGGCUUCUAAUAACUCUACCUUCGAUCCGUUCACCCAGACCAUUAACAUUCUCAUGGCCGAUGGCGUCACAAAUGUAUCUAUCACCCCUCCCGACAUCGACUUUUUCUACUACUACAAUGUGGCUAGUUGUAUCAACUAUGGUGCUCAAGCCGGAGCAUGCUUAUUGAUGUUCUUCGUCGUCGUCGUUCUUACCAAAGCCGCCAAGCGCAGAACCAUUCUCUUCGCGCUCAAUACCCUCUCUCUCAUAUUUGGUUUCCUCCGCGCUAUGCUCUUUGCUGUUUAUUUUGUCCAGGGCUUUAAUGAUUUCUACGCCGCUUUCACAAUGGAUUUUAGCAGAGUACCGAGGUCGGCUUAUGCGUCUAGUGUUGCUGGUAGUGUCAUGCCUCUUUGCAUGACAAUUACUGUCAAUAUGUCUUUGUAUCUUCAAGCUUAUACAGUAUGCAAGGGCUUAGAUAAAAUUUAUCGAAUUGUCCUCACUGGUCUCUCUGGUAUCGUUGCUCUAUUGGCAAUUGGCUUUAGAUUUGCUGCAACAGUCGUCAACUCCAUGGCUAUUUUGGCAACAGCUGAUUCUUCUGUGCCAAUGCAGUGGUUGGCGAAGGGGACAUUGGUUACGGAGACGAUUUCUAUUUGGUUCUUUUCCAUCGUGUUUACGGGGAAGUUGAUAUGGACUCUCUUCAAUCGUCGAAGAAAUGGAUGGAGACAAUGGAGCGCUGUGCGAAUUCUCGCUGCUAUGGGUGGCUGCACGAUGGUUAUUCCUUCUAUUUUCGCCGUCCUCGAAUACAUAACCCCCAUAACAUUCCCAGAAGCCGGCUCAAUCGCUCUCACCAUGGUCGCGCUCUUACUUCCCCUUUCUUCACUCUGGGCCAGCAUGGCAACCGAUGAAGAAAUGUCCUCAAUCGACAUGUCCAAUCUUACCGGUUCCGGCAGUACAUACGACUCACAAUCGGUAACCUACUCACGAAAGACAUGUACUAGUGAAGCCACAACACAAUCCUCCCGUCUUGAUUUCCAGUCCAGAAAAGGAAGUAAUGCUACUAGAAAGGGUAGUAAUGCUAUGGAACAGGUUACUACAUUUGAUUCUGUGGUGGAUAGUCAGGCUAGAUAUGUUCCGCGAGAUAGUACGGAGUUGGAUCUGGAGGCUAUGGGUGUGCGUAUUGAUAGGUCGUAUGGUGUUCAGAAGGCUUGA